CCAGCCCAACUCCCACCCCCGCGCCAGCCCGCCCAUCUAAGCGGGGCGGGGAUCGCCUCUGUCCAGCCCCGCCCCCACUCCUGUGCCUCCCUUUCCCCUCCUUGGUGUUCGUGGCCUGGCCCGCGCUGGCCCCUAAUUAGUGCUUGUCCCGAGUCUAGCGGGCGGUACCUGGAGAGGAGGAGGCCGCGGGCCUACCUGGACCCCUCGCUCUGGACCACAGGCCUCUGACCGUCCCUUCCACGUGGGACAGCUCUCAGUGAGCUUCUAACUACCUCUUGGUCAAAGCCCUGUGGACUGAGCCUUCCACUGCCCUCAGGGACUUUACAUUCUACCUGCGGGGGGAGGUGAAGAGGAAUAGGGGUCCCUGAGAUGAUGAGGGAGAGCCCUGCAGGCGGGAUACGCAGCCUGGGCAAAGGGGUGGAGGGGAGAAAGGCAGAUGGGAGGCUGGCCUCUUCAUCUCAGCCAUUCUAUUCAGCCUCAUGUUCUCUUGCAGGGGAAGGUUCUUGUGCUGCUCUUGUCGGAAGGGGCUGAUGGCCGGCCCAAGGUCCAUCCUGUCUUCGGGGACUCUCCUUUCCAAAAGGAGACAGCUUCCCUGGUGGGCCUGGGGCUCCCAGGGUCAGCCCCAGGCAUCACUGGCCUCAGCAGGGGAGAGAAACUUCACCCAGGCAGCAUCAGAGCACCAACAGGGAGAAAGAAAGCACCUGGAAGGGCAGCCAGGCCAAGACCUGGGCUUUUGGCAGAAGAGGUUGGCAGACCAACUGCUGCCCCUCUGGAGACUGAACUAUGAUGAACAACUAAAGGUCAAAUUCGAAGUGACCAAGAAGACCUUGGAGCAGCUACAGAGUCGUCUCCACAAGCUGGGCACCAUGGUGGUGGAGGUCCAAGGGCCAGGUGCCCUCCUCCAGCCUUUGAUUCCAUCACCUGUCAUCGAUGGUUACAGAAACAAAUCUGUCUUCUCUAUAAACCGGGGCCCAGAUGGCCACCCGAGGACUGUGGGGUGCUUCCUGAGAUCCCCCGGAGGGAAGAAAAUUUUCUGCGUACCUGCUGGCCAUCUGAGAACUCUUCCUGCCAGGCACCUCCAGGUUGCCCAGUGCUAUGAGGCAUUUCUGCGACAAACCCCCCUGGAGCCCACCCUUGACAUUCACCAGCUUGGGCCCUGGCGUCGACUCAGAGUACGGACCAGCAGCCAAGGACAAACGAUGGCCAUCAUCACUUUUCAUGCCCAGGGACUAAGUCAGGAGGCCAUCUGUGCCCACAAGGAAAGAGCCAAGGAGUUCUUCAUGUCAGGAUGGGGGUCUGUGUGUGACCUGACCUCACUGUACCUGAAGGAGAGGGUCACACCCCGCCCAAAACAAUCCUGCUUCCACCGCUACCAGCUGCUGGCAGGGGAGCCCCACGUGUUUGAGGAUGUCCUUGGCGUGAAACUUCGCAUCUCUCCCGGGGCCUUUUUCCCCCCGAAUACGGGUGCCAUUGAGGCUCUCUACCGGGUUGUGGCAGAGCUGGGUGGGGUGGACCAAAGCACCGUCAUCCUCGACCUUAGCCACGGCACAGGUGCCUUGGGCCUCUCCCUAGCUCAGUGGGCGGCUCAGGUCCUCAGCCUGAGGUUGGUCGGGCAGGCUGUGGAGGAUGCCAGGUGGAGCGUGGCCUUCAAUGAGAUUACCAACUGGGAGUGCCAGCGGCAAGAUGUCGAGAAGGCUGUGGCCAGGCUCAGGAAGUUUCAAGGGGAUGGCCAGGCGCUGGUGGCAGUGGUGGACCCGGCAGGCGCUGUACUGUCUCACAGGGUCAUUCGUGCCAUCCGGGGCUGCCCAGCCAUCCAGAAGCUAGUGUUCAUCUCUGGCCGGCCCCAUGCAGAAGACAUGGAGACCUUCCUUCAGCUGUGCUGCCCGGUGUCUGGCCAGGACCUCCAAGGCAAACCUUUCACACUGAGCCAAGCUGUGCCUGUGGACAUGCUCCCGCAUACUCUGUCUUCACAGCUGGUUCUGGCCUUCACCCGCUGACCCACGGAUGGAGGGGCCAGACUCAUGCCCAGAUCCCCUUGCCCCACUGGGGGGGGGGGGCCUUGCUCUUUCCCCCUGCUGCCAUCCCAUUUUGCUCAAGGGAACUCUCAAUAAAUGGUCAUGGAUGGAA